AGCCAGAAACCCAACUGACAGUGAGGAAGGAAAACACAGACUUACUCCAUCAACCUGAACCCACGGGAGUCCUAGGCACCCACACCAUUAUUUCAGCACAGGUGACAGGGGAAUGAUGAAGACUACGGUGGCUCUGUUGCUGCUCUGUCUGUGUGAUCUCGGACAAUGCGACUGCCAGGCAGACUGUCUAUCCUGUAACAACAUACUGCCCAAACGGCUCAGCUUUAACACCAUGGUUUGUCUGAUUGAGUGUGAAGGUAACGUCUCCCCAGCUUUUUCCUGGGACUUUUGUCGUAAGGCGCUGCUUAUACCAUUAGAGGCUAUAAAAGGUGUGGCAAGAAAGAGAUCUCAGGAGGAGGUGGAAUCAUUCAUGCCAGAUGAAGAGGAGCCAGUAGAUAGAGAGUUGCUUGUGCCAAUGGCCUUACAGCGCUUCGAUCAUGUGACUCGGGGAUUUGGAAUUGAUGAGAGCGACAUGGGGGACACAGCCUACGAUUCCCAGAAUGCCUUGUCUCUUGAGGACAACUUGGAAAAUGAGGCGGGUCAAGGCGAGGUUGAUCCUGAUGUGGCUACAAGAGCAUUGGGUGAUGUGGGGUUGAGUGUUGCAAAGAGGUUUGGAGGCUUUGUAAAGGGGAGGCAUGGCUACAAGAAGAUUAUGUCUCCUGGAAGAUCAUAUCAGAAAAGAUACGGUGGCUUCAUUGGGAUUCGAAAGUCAGCCCGCAAGUGGAACAACCAAAAACGUUUCAGUGAAUUCCUGAAGCAAUACCUAGGCAUGAGUACUCGAGCAACUGAAUUCAACAGUGUGUCAGAAGACCUCACCUCACAAAAUGAAAUCUAGCAGGCCUCAUCUGUUUGCCUAUCACAUCAUAUUUUAGAGCAUCCUGGUUUAAUAAUCAACAUCAAAGUCAAGUGUCUCAAGAGGACCACAAUCUAAAGCAUUAUUUCCAAAAAAUAAAAGAAUUAUCUUACUUAAUAAUCAUGUAUUCCAUUGAACAUGAGGACAGUAGGUAUCGUUUGUUUAUCACGCGUUGUACCAGUACAUUAUUUUGUGGUUUGAAUAUCACAGUGCUAAUUAGUUCACCCACCCAAAAUGGUGGCAUAUUCAAUUCUCACUCAUCUGAAAUGAUCACAGUUGUUUUAGGUUAUAUGCCGAGAGUCAAGAUGGUUUUGGCCUAAGCAUUUAAACUGUCAACUUUUGAGCAACCCUCCACUUAACCCUCAGUACAUCAUUUUGUCAUUUUUGCCGUGAUGAUAAUUGGUUAAAAAUGAUUUCAUGCUAAUAGCCUGCCUUACACUAUAUUUCUUGUGAUUACUUUAGGUGGCAACGAUUACAGCAUCAUUUUAUUUUAUUCGUAGUCAGCAAACACUGGUGUGAAAAAUAGCUUUAUGACACUAAUGAAUUUGAAAUUCAACUACAUGCAGUCAAUAGAUAUUAAACCAGAAUCAAUGUGGGUCUGUCUCACUGGCAGAUUCUACACAAAAUGGGCAGGCCUUCUGUACACAUCAAAUGACGUCAUGUGCCAAACUGUGUUACACACAUCAAUCUGCCUAGCCAUGGGUUAUAUAGCCCACAAAAAAAAGUAUAUUUCUGUAUAUUUCUGAAAUUAUUCUGUAGUGGUGUGCAAUGUUUUAGUUGUCCAUGAAGAAAAGUGUAAAUAGUUGUAUUUAAAUAAUGUCAAUAAAAUAGUUUACUAUUUCGUUUGUGACUUGUCAUGCAGCAACU